ACACUAACGCACGUGCUGCGACCAACACAAAUACUGCUGCACACACUGCGACCAAUACAAACAAUACUGCACAUACUGCAACCAACACAAACACUACUGCACGUACUACAACCAGCACAGGCACUAUUGCACGUGCUGCGACCAAUACAGACACUACUGCACGUGCUGCGACCAACACAGCCACUACUGCACAUGCUGCGAUCAACACAGCCACUACUGUACGUCCUGCGACUAACACAGAUACAACUGCACACGCUGCAACCAAUACAAACACUACUGCACAUACUGCAACCAACACAAACAUUAUUACACGUGCUACAACCAGCACAGGCACUACUGCACGUGCUGCGACCAACACUGCCACUACUAUUAUUUUAUAA